AUGGCGACUCCGCCUCCCGAGGCCCCUCCUGUCCCAAAGGAGGACAAGCCACAGCUCCCUCCGUCGCCCACUGGCCCUUCGGCGCCUGAUGUCGCACCUACCAGUGUGCAAGAUGCAGUAGCUCUCAAAACCGAUAGCCCCGCCGACCCCGAGGCCAAAUCUCCUGCGCUGAAUGGCCACGGCCCCGCGCCAUCGAUUACCAACGGCACAAGCACCGCUGCAUCCCCUCCUAAAUCCCCCGCCCCUGCAUCUGCCGACCAGACCCCGCCUGUGACCCAAGACAAGACACCUGCUGCCGAAUCUGCCACUCCCGUGGAGACCCAGCAGACCGGUGCUAAGGACUCAGUACAGUCUCAGGAAUCAGCUCCUACAGCUCCUCCUUCCGCAGCUGUCGCAGAUACCGAGAAGCCCGCUUCCCCCACACCACAGGAUCCAGUUGCUGCGCCCACCACUAUUGCAGCGGCUGAUGGCGCGAGUGACAAAAUGGCCGUUGAUACCCCACAGAGUGUCUCAACUGCCGUGAAGACGGAACUUCCUCACCAUCCUACCCCAGACCUCGCCCAUCCAUCUCUCCCAGCUCCGGCUGCCGCUGACCAGGAGAUGAGGGAUGCUCCGGAAGCUCCGAUGUCUCCUUCCAAAAUCUCCAGACAACGUGAAGCGGACCUCAGUGAGGAGCCAGCUGCCAAGCGCACCAAGGUUGAUGGCGAGGACUCUGGACCGGUGGAGUCCAAGGCCCCCGACUUCCACGCUCCAGCCACUGAAACCCAAGCCCCUACCGACCAUCAAGUUCGUACUUACACCGGCCAAGAUGGACUCACCAAGAUGCAACACAGAUUUAUCUCAAAGACUCUCACCAACCUUAAGCGUCUGCAUGACUCGCGCUUCUACCGGGAGCCUGUGGAUCCUAUCAAAUUGAACAUUCCACAGUAUCACACCAUUAUCACUCAACCCAUGGACCUGCAAACUAUGGACAGGAAAUUGAAGACCAACCAAUAUUCGUCCCCCCAGGCUGUCCUGGACGACUUUGCUCUCAUGGUCCAAAACACAACCAUCUUCAACGGCCCUGAACACCUGGUCACUCAAGAGGGUAUCAAGCUGAAGGGGACUUUUGAGAAGAUCAUGACCAAUUGCCCCAAGCCCGAAGAUGUGGAAGAAAAGAAGCCGAAAAAGCCCACUGAGAAGACCUCGGCCGCCCGCCGGGAGCCUCGGACUUCGUUGGGAAGCUCGACCAAGGCUGCUUCUCCCCAGGCUCAGACCUUUGCGCUGGGACCGGAGGGACUGCCUGUCAUUCGUCGUGAUUCUUCAAACCCUGAUGGCCGCCCAAAGCGUUCGAUCCACCCCCCGAAGCGCGAUUUGCCAUACUCAACCAAGCCCAAGAAGAAGAAGUUCCAGUGGGAGCUACGUUUCUGCCAGGAAGUUGUGGAUGAGCUGUACAAGCAAAAGCACUACAACUGGGUCAUGCCGUUCUACUAUCCCGUCGACCCAGUUGCUUUGAACAUCCCUACCUACCACAGCGUGAUCAAAAAACCAAUGGACCUGUCUACCGUUCAGUCCAAGCUGAAGACUGGUCAAUACGAGAACGCCAAGGAGUUUGAAACCGAUGUUCGCCUCAUCUUUAAGAAUUGCUUCCGGUUCAACAUUCCAGGUGAUCCCACCUAUGUGUGUGGCCAGAGAGCCGAAGAGAUUUUCAACCAGAAGUGGGCUCAGAAGUCCGACUACCUCGAUGCGCAUGAACCACACCCGGAGCAGAACAGCGACUACUCUGAUGAGGACAGUGACGAAGAUGCAGAAGAGAGCGAGGAAGACGAUGAGAAACUCACUUUGCUCCAGAAGCAGAUUGCUGAGAUGUCCCGCCAGGUUGAGGCUAUUACCAAUAAGAAGAAGAAGACCCCUCCGUCGUCCAAGAAGGCUGGAAAGUCGAAGUCAUCUAAGAAGGAUUCUCGGAAGAGCGCUUCCGGGAAGAGGGACAAGAAGAGCAAGAGCUCUAAGCCCGAACGGACCCGCCCUGUCACCUACGCCGAAAAGCAGCUCAUCUCCCAGGGUAUCAGUAGCCUUCCGGACAAGAAGAUGCAGGAUGCCUUGCAGCUCAUCCAGAACAAUGUCCCUCAACUCAAGGGUACCAAUGAAGCCGAGAUUGAGCUAGACAUUGAUGAGCUCCCUAACAACGUCCUGUUUCUGCUGCUUGCCUUCGUCAAGAAGAACGUGGCUGGUCUCGGGGAUGACCUCGAAGAGGAGUACACUCCUGCCAGCAGCACCGUUGCGCAGCCCAAGCCCAAGAAGAACAAGCCUAUGAGCAAGUUUGAGCAGGAGGCUCAGAUCAACAUGCUCCAGAACAACCUUUCCCGCUUCCAGGGUGGCGGUGGCCACUCCCCGGAGCCAAUGCCUUCGGUUGAACACAAUGAAAGCAGCGAAGAUGACUCGGACUCCUCCGAGGAAGAGAGCGAGGAGGAGUAG